CUCUCCUAUAUACACCUAUACAGGACUGCCCGGCGGAGGCGAGAUUAUCGUUCAUUUCCCGGAGCAGAGAGGCUGGAAGGGCAUGGUAUCGGAGAUGGAACUGGCGACACUAGACUGCGUUUUCUGCUCCCGUGACCCAGUGAUAGGGGCUGCGUCUGUCGGAGCCGUGGUGGGGGGCGAGGUGGAGCACGAAGUGCUCAGAGCACUGCUGGAACACCUCGGAACUACAACCGAGGAAGAGCCGACCGCUAGACGUGAGGAGCAGCCUUCCCGAAGUGAAGACAGACAGCCGGAGGCUGAGCCGGAGUCCGCCCAGACUCAGACCGAGCCCGUCCAGCCGGAAUCUAAGCCAGAUCAGGAAAAAGUCCAGCCGGAAUCUAAGCCAGAUCAGGAAAAAGUCCAGCCGGAAUCUAAGCCAGCUCAGGAAAAAGUCCAGCCGGAAUCUAAGCCAGCUCAGGAAAAAGUCCAGCAGGAAUCUAAACCAGCUCAGGAAAAAGUUCAGUCGGACUCAUCUCUAAACAUCCUGUCGGUGGAAUGUCAGAUUUGCCUCCGUCCCUGGGGCUCACUGGUGCGCAGAGCCGUGGUCUUACCGUGCAUGCACGGGCUGGGGUGUCUCGACUGCCUCCAGCGCGUGUUGACGACGGCUGCGGCGGGCCAGGCCCAGUGCCCGUUCUGUCGUGAACCUUUCAGUGAACCACCCGAGCCAAUCUCCUUGUGAUUGAUCAAAUGAAGAACGGGAAUGAAGAAGUUGUGAUGGUGAAUGUGCGAAGCAUCUAAAGGUUUUGUCCUCUCGAUACCAAAUUAAUGUGAUGCGACCCGAUGUGUGGGACCAAAUGCGUGCAAAGGGGGCCUUUUUGCACCGAUUGUAAGAUGUCGCAUACCUAUAUGCUCCGUUAUGUGUUGAACGUUUGUAUUUUACUCCUUUGCACUGAUUCUGAGGUGGAAGAGAUUGAAUCGAAUUAAGUUUGAUUUGAUAACGGCAACCGAUGUCAAAAAGUCCGUCGUUAAACGGCAAGAUGGGCCUGCCAUACGAGUUUUUUUUUUAUUCGUGACGCAACUUGGUUUCGAGUAAAUGUUGCUUUACCAUAUGACGUUAUUCAGCCUUAGUCUAGCUGAGGUAUUUGAUAAUUCCUCAACGCGACUUACCGGUGAAAUGGCUGCCAUUUCUCCCUGCAUCCUUCGGCUUUCACUAGCUCUACUAGUCUAUGUAGAUCGGCUUAUUUUUAAGCGACUAACGGCUGCAAUUCUCACACAAAAAACGAAUACAGCAAAGAAACUUUUAA